AACUAUAUAAGAUGGAUAUUAAUUAUUUAAUAUCAGAAGACAAGAUUCUUCGCUCUCCUUGGAUUUCGACUGAUAUACCCAAAAUCUCCUUGACAGAAUUUCUCACUUUGGCGUUGGAGAAAUACGGUGAUAAACCGUUAGUGGUUUCACACGACAAAUCUCGUUCUUAUACUGCCCAAGAUGUCCUUCUGAGCAGUAGACGAUUUGCUAGCGCCCUCAUACGACGUGGUCUCAAACUAGGAGAUGUAUUUUGCAUUUGCACCGCUAAUAACGUUGAUUAUGCGGCCGCGGCAUUAGGAGCAAUGAAUGCAGGAGCAAUCAUUACUUUGGGAAAACCCAUGGAUAAAGCGGAGGAACUUCGCUUUAGGCUGGAACAAACUAAUUCUGUUUACCUGUUGGUGGAGAAAAAGAAUUUAGAUAAAGCAAAGGAAGCGACGAAAUAUUUACCAAAUUUUCAGGAGAUACUGGUGUUUGAGAAAUCUGAAGAUUGUCCAUCGUUUUUGGAACUUGUUGAGGAAGAUGACGGAUCUGCCUUUACUGGUUCUCCUGCGAUUGAUCCUAAAGAAACGCCUUUACUGUUAACGUUUUCUAGUGGAACUACUGGAUUACCCAAAGCCAUUGUACAUACUCAUUACACUUUUCUUUCUGCAGUUAUCAUUGCCACACAUCCAUCUGUUUGGAAGAUUUCCCAGGAUGACAUUGUUCUUGGAAUGUAUCCAUUUUGCCACGUGGCGGGUUUUCUCUUUCUAAUUAUUACUCUGUCUGAAGGAGUAACUCUAAGCGUUGUGCCGUCCUACGAGUCGGAUUUAUUUUUGGAGGUCAUAGAAAAACAUAAGGUUUCUGUUGUUCCAGUAGCAGUUUCAAUAGUUUAUCGACUUCUUAGAAAUCCCAAUGUGCACCAGUAUAACCUCACCAGUGUAAAGGAGAUUUUAACAGGGGGAGCUCCUCUCAAUCAGGAAUCCAAUGAAGAAGUUGUUAUGAAGGCUUUUCCAUUCCUAAGAUCUUUCCGACAAUGUUAUGGAUUAAGUGAAAUUCUUAGUGUUGCUUCUGUGGAAAAAGGAAACAUUACUCCUAACUCCGUUGGAAAACUAACUCCUUCAACAGAACUGAAGGUCGUUGAUCUCGCCACGGGGGUCGCUUUAGGCCCAAAUGAAGGUGGAGAAUUUUAUGUUCGUGGUCUUCAGAUGAUGAAAGGCUAUCUUGAUAACCCCAAAGCUACAGCAGAAGUUUUUACGGAAGAUGGUUGGUUUAAAACAGGAGAUUUCGGCCAUUAUGAUUCGGAGGGAAAUCUCUACAUCACUGACAGAUUAAAAGAAAUGAUCAAAUCAGGAUUUCAUCAGGUUUCUCCUACUGAAAUAGAGUCUGUAUUAUGUAGCCAUCAGGUAAUAGAGGACGCUGCAGUAGUUGGAAUCCCAGAUUCCACUUUAGGAGAAGUACCUUAUGGAUUUGUUGUGAUCAGACCAGAUAGUCACGUGACACCUGAAAACAUACUUCGUUUUAUUUCAGCUCGUCUAGCGCCACAGAAACAGCUGAAGGGAUUGGAGUUUAUAGACAAAAUUCCUCGAUCACAGUUCGGCAAGAUCGAACGUAAAUAUUUGAAAGAUCAUGUAGUCCAAAAACUGAAGAAAUAGCCACUUGUCAGUGGCUCUCAGACAACAUACAAUAUAUAUAUUUGAUGGUUUCAGUUGAUGUGUAGAAACAGUAUUUUCUAUGAAUUAAACGGCUACACGAUAAAAGCAUAUAUUUUUUUAUAUCUUAUAUGAAUUUGUUUGAGUUUUUGUUAUAUAUCAUUAAAACUUCAGAAUAUGUGUUUAGGAUGUUUGACUCGCAAUGUUUCGAUCGUGGGAUCGAAACUCGUCGUAGAACAACUCCUCGUUUUAGUUGUGGGAGUGUUAUAAUAUGGCGGUCAGUCCAAGUAUUCAUUAGUAGAUAUUAGUGAAAUUCAACACACAACAACCACAGGUGUAUCAGA